GAUGUGGCCGGCAGGAAAGAGCCACGGCAGCUGCUCGCCUUUCGGAUAAUUCCUGCCCCUGCCGGGAGUCUCGGGCAGCGGCACUCUCUUGUUUGCGUGUGGCAUGUGGAGCCGGGGUUUUAUAUGGCAUUUGCGAGCCGAGCGAGGUCACGCUUCGUUUUUUUAAAAUUCUUUGCUGAGUACCGUAUAUCUCUCUCUAAUUUUUCCUUCCCUGGUAGCGGGGUGGGCCGGGAGGGACGAUCGUGACAGCGACGGGAAUGUUUACUUGUGCAGAAGUCUUUCUCAUGUGGAAGCACUCUGCUCCCUAACUCCUGGCUAAGCGGACUUAAGUUCACCAACUUCGCUGCCGCACAGCACGCGUAGCUCCUUGGCAGGAUGGCAGACAAAAGAACAGCUGGUGCAAAGCAAUAGGGGAUUCCUAGCGAGGAAGAGGAAGGAAGAUCACCAGCCUUUCACCCGACGGCUGUCAGAGCAGCAGGAACGGGACAGCUGAAGCCACCAUGCGCAGGUCCAGCACCGAUGAGUCCACCUAUCACAGGAGCCCUUCCCUGGACAGCAAGGAUUACAGUUUCCCAAAUGGCACCUUCCGUCGAUACAGCAGCAUGUAUGGUGGCCAGUUUGGGGCUGCCAGCAACUCUUUUUUUGGAUUUCAUACCAACCCAGGCCCGAAGGCCACCAAGGCUAAGUACACAACUCCCAAGGGAAACAAAUACGUUGUCUUUUACCUGGAUCUCUCAUUUAUUUUUCUCCUAGAACUGAAGAGGUGCAGCAUGGCUCACAACUGCCUGCAGUGUAUCAAGUACCUAAUGUUUGUUUUCAACCUUCUCUUCUGGUUGGGAGGCUGUGGAAUCCUUGGUGUAGGCAUCUGGCUGGCUGUUACCCAAGGGAACUUUGCCACCCUCUCCUCUUCUUUCCCAUCCCUGUCAGCUGCCAACCUACUGAUCGUCACAGGGACGUUUGUCAUGAUCAUUGGCUUCGUGGGCUGCAUAGGUGCCAUCAAAGAAAACAAGUGCCUCCUGCUGAGUUUUUUUAUCAUGCUGUUAAUUAUAUUUCUGUUGGAGCUCACUGUUGUGAUUCUGUUCUUCGUCUACACCGACAAGAUUGACAAGUAUGCUCAACGGGAUCUGAAGAAAGGACUUCACUUGUAUGGGACAGAUGGAAAUAUUGGCCUCACUAAUGCAUGGAGCAUCAUUCAAACAGAUUUCAGAUGCUGUGGAGUCUCCAACUACACGGACUGGUUUGAAGUGUACAACACAACCCGGGUGCCAGACUCCUGCUGCUUAGAAUUCAGUGAGAAUUGCGGGCUCCAUUCCCCAGGGACCUGGUGGAAAGCGCCUUGCUAUGAAACUGUGAAAAUAUGGCUCCAGGAAAACUUACUGGCAGUGGGAAUCUUUGGAUUGUGCACAGCUAUGGUGCAGAUUCUCGGACUCACCUUUGCAAUGACCAUGUAUUGUCAGGUAGUCAAGGCAGACACCUACUGUGCAUAGAUACCAUUCCCAAUCUUUCUGCUUCUCCUCCAAAGGACACAGGAGAAAUCUCCUUCAUGCUCAUUCAUCUGACCUUUUUCCCCCCUUUGUACUAUAAACUGUGUAUAAUGCUAUCUUUCUGAAGAUUUUGUGAAUCACCCCACUUUACUGAAGGAGGAAGAAAAGAAAAAGUCAGUACUUGAACUGGCACAGGUAAGAAGCAGCCUUGUCUUUAAGCAGAGGAAAACCAAAAAAGCAAUGGUUCCUUUUCCAUGGCCUGUGGCAAGGCAAGAGAGGCUGCAAACGAGGGUCUGACUGCAAACCCAGUUAGGAAGAGAUGGCACUGAGGCAAACUCUGCAAAAGCUUCCAGGCUGCCUUCCUGCAUUUCCCAGUCUGGAAGAGAGGACGCAGAAAACAAAUGUUCUUCAGCAAGAAGGUACAGAGUAGCUAGCACUGAAUGCAAUUGUGAUUUUACUACAGUUUGCACACAGCUAAAAUCUCAAGAUCAAGCAGUCCUGCCUGCAAGUGUCUCAUGAUGAUUUUGUAGCCAGGAGAGGACCAUCUUCAGAAAUACAUUGUUUUAAAGGAGUAUUUUUAAUCUUACGCGCCGCAAAGUCAGGCUUUUAAUCGGAAUCUGUACAGCAAGAUCCUGGCUGUUAAUGGAAAACAAUAUUGGACAUUGCCUCAGUUCCUAAUUGCCAGUGGCAUAUAGAUGGUUGACUGCAUAUGUUAUAUAUAUUACAUUCAUAAACACAUACUUUUCUGAAAGGAGGCGAAAAUACCCAGCAUCUAACCUCAGAAAGGGGAAACCUUUCUAUCCUAUUUUACAUUCCAACUGAAAUAACCAAGUAUUAUUUCUUGUACAAGGCACUAUCACUUAUACCUCUGGGAAACGAAUAAUUACUUUCAGCUGUAUCUUCAUUUCAGUAAACAACUUGUGAGUGGGCUCUCUCUGUCAGUCUACUAUGGUUUUAUUUUCUGCCGUCCCUGUUUCAAGUAAGUAAGUCUGCCAAAAUAUAUCACUCAUUUCCCUGCUUGAAGCUGUGUACAAAGCUGUCAGCUGUUCCUUCCCUGAAUGUCACCAUUUCAUUAAUUUACUUUGGGAUAACAUCAUCUGCAGGUAUGAUAGAGUUUGCCUUUCUGGGGAAAAAUCCUUUGCACAUUGCUCAUUUUUCUGAGAGUUAUUAAGACUUCAGAUACUUUUAUGCUUAGCUUUUUUUUUUUCUCCCAGCUGCACACUGACAACAGCCAAGACACAUCAGUCUCUGUUAGAACCGGAGUCACUUUUUCAGAUGGGUUUUCCUUUACCUAGCUGCUGGCUAGAACAGAAUCCACACUUUCUGGAAUAUCACAGAAAUAUGCAGAAAUCAAAACCAUAACUUUCCUUAACCAGGGAACAACCACUCAUUGAUAGCUGAAGUAAUUGAUGUAGUACCCUCCUAUGCACAUCUUCUGGUGGUGAGGUUGAAAAUCAGAUGUGUCCUAUUGUUCAAACAAAUGUUUGCCAGCAAACAGCUCCAGGUAGUGCAUGUGUGCCAGGGAGAAGCCAAAGCACCCCAGGGAAGGGACACAGCAGGGAAUAAGCAAACAGAGCAAUGCAGAUGGCCUGUGCCCUUCAGCCAGCAUUGCAGGAUCUCUCAGCCACUGUCACUUAAAGCAGAGAGCUGACCACAGAGCUGUGUUUUCCCAGGAAGCUGAGUGCAGCCAUUCCUGCAGACUGGAAGCAUGCAUCAAGCUCACAGAGAAAGUUACCCAGCUUACAACAGCAGGUCUCAGUUCCAAGUGACAUUUUGCAUGCUUUGAUUUAAAGGCAAUUUCCAGCAGAAAGCUGGACUUGCCAACCCACAGCCUAUUGAUCCUUUACACCCAUAACUAACCCUCUUCUGGAUCUGCAUUAUUUGACAGAUUCACUCUCACUUGUUAGAUUUGGGGGAUUUUUUGUCUCUUUGCUGAUUUCCUGCAGUCUUCUCACUCUCCUCACUCACUUCUCACCUCAUAUUUUCUGGGAACUUGCUUAGGAGAGUCUGGUGCUUAAAAGAGCAAUUAUCUUCCAAAAUGUUACCCCCAUGGGGCAUUUAGCUGGUAAUGUCUUACUUGUGUGCAUUUUAUGUGGCUUCCCAGUCACUAUCACAGCAACCUCCACCACUAAAGGAUUUUACUGUCACACAAAACAAGCCCCAGCAAACCCCAGCUGAGCAAGCAGCCCACACACAGGUGCCCUUACUCCAAGCAAGAGGCUCACUCAUGUUGCAAUCACUACAGUCUCCAUGCUCUCUGCUUCUUGAGCCCAGGCUGACCUGCAGACUGUCCUGCUCUGCCCAACAUGGUGGAAGUUUGUUCCUGCCCUCUCUCUACUCUGUUCUUUUCUCAACCUGCACAGACACAAUUCCAGGUUAGCUGUACCAUUAGUUCUCGCCUUGGUUUAUUGUUUGUACACAGGAGUGCUUCUGCUGACAACUCCAAGUUUCUGCCACUGAAAAGCAGCAUGACAGAAUGAUGAAUGCAUUCAUAAAACAUUGAUUUUUUUUUGAGACAGAUAAAAGGUAGACAAGUCUAUUUGUAGUGAUCCCUGCCAUUAAAAAUUAACACAAAGACAGCAGGCUGAUGAUGGUUCAGUUGAUGGGAGCAAACCAUUGUGCAGAACUCCCACAGAGAGCAACUCUCAUCAAUUUGCUUGAUGUGGUGUAGGGAAAAGAGAGAUCACAAACCCUUCUCCUGUGAGUCUCACAGUAAUAUGUGCUAAGCUCUUAGAGAACACUUCCAGACUUCAGCUAAAGCUUCAGUGGAAAAAAAUAGAGACUUGACUGGAGACAAGUCACAUUUUUGUGGUUUCCUCUAAUCAUUUUCCACAGUUUAGGUGUCUUUACAAGAUAAACUGCUUUGGUUUUCAAAAUCAAGUACCUAAAGUGAGUAUAAGCAACACUCACUUUGUAAAUCCCAGUCACUAUAACAAAAAAAUACAGUUAAGGGAAAAAACUAAACAAAAAAAAACAAAAACAAAAAAAAAAACCAAACCCAAGCAGACAAACAAAAAAAACCCCAGAUCACAUAAUUCUUUUUAAAUAGUAUCCUUCCACUAACAACUGAGGUGCUACUGCGACUUGUUCAUAAUUUGAAUUGGACUAUUUCAUAUAUUUCAUGUUAAUAACUCUCUCCACACAGACCAAACAACUGUUAUGGUGCUUACAGCAUUACCAGCACAAUCCAAUUUCAUACCUCUGAACACACUGCAUAUGACAAGCCUCAGACUUACCAUAUUUUCUUAAGAGCACUGCAUCCUUUCUCUGCUGACAAGGUCAGAAGAUUUUGUGAUGUGUAACAGCAAAAAUCUUUAAAAAGAGAUAACCAAACAAAAAGCAAAGAAAAAAAGUUCCAUUUUACACAUAAAACUUCACAUUAAACUGGUUGAUUAUAUGUAAGUAACCUGUAGAACAUAAUAUCCAUUUGAAAGGCUGCUGAUAUUGAAUGCAGGCAGAGCAACACAGAAGUCAUUCCAAUUGCUUCUAUUAGUGUCUUGUCGCUUUUAGUAAAGCCUUUUAUAUUAUUGUGACUUCUUAUCUUUAAACAUGAAGGAGGACUCAAUACAUUUAAAUUAAAGACAGAACCAAAGGAUAUAGGAAUAAAGGAGCACUCCUAAUUUAUUCUCAUAGCUGUUUCUGCAUAAUGACAAGAUAUGAAAGCACAGGGCAUAUGGCUGAACCUACUGAAUUCAGCAACAUCGGAAUUCAGCUUUUCAGAUUCAGUCCAAUAUACUUCUGGCUUUUCAUCUUCACAAUUAAAUUAAAACAAACCAAAAAACUAAAAAAAAUAUCCAACCAACCAAAAAAAAACCCCAAAACCAAAAACCAUAUAUUUAGCAGACUAUGGUUUAUUUUCCUGUACUGUCACUAGCAGACAAAUCUUAUUACUUGUACAACAUAAUUACUUAGCUCCUCAUCAUACAGUGCACAAUCACUGAAAUUCACUUAGUUUCUUUCUAUUAAUAAUUCUUUGGUCUCCCCCCUCAAAUCAAACAAACUCAUCAAGGUUUAUUCUUUGAUCAAUAAUUAGCAUUUAAAUGCAGCAUUGUAGGGUUUAUAGUAUGGAGAGGGAGGAACUGCACAGAAGCUGUAAAAAUACUCUCUCUUGCAUCAGCAAUAGGGCUGCUAAGGGAAUCCACCCAAACCCUCACUUCUCACAAACUAAUAAGAACUGGUCACACUGAGUACAUGUGACUGGGCUGCCUCUUACACCUCCCCAGGGCAGCACUGGAGGUUGUCAGCAUGGACAAAGUCACAGCCUUUCAUUUAUCCCUUGGCUUCAGUGUUGUGCUAUAAAUGUAGCACCAAAGGUAAGCAACAGAAACCAGCAGUUGAUUGUGGCAUUUAUUUUAAACCCAGACUCUUUAUUUACUCUAAUUUAUCUGCAAGAAUUUGCUAAGUGUAAAUGAUCUGCAUAGAUACUGAGUUAGACAGUUAGAAACCACGCUGGGACUUGCCAUGGGAAACCUUGUUUGGAUUCCAUUGUGAAUUCUCCUCCCUUGUCACUGGUACCCUACCACAGUGGGCAGGUCUCCUCUGUUCUUUGGAUUUUGUUGCUGCAAUUACAAUGGUACAUUUUUGUGCAUUCAUAUUAAGAACAAAAUUUAAAAUAUACAUUUUAUUUUUUAAAAGUUAUUAAAUAUUCUUUAAAGUUUACAACAGAAUGUCUUUUGUAUUCUUUAUAAGCAACUGCACUACAAGCUAAACAGUGAUUCUAUACACACCCAAAGAUGUGUGUGCGAGUGUGUGCAAGUGCACACACACACACACACUGUAUGCAAUUUAACAAACCCCUACCAUGUUCUACUUCUUUGUCAUUUUUCAUUACCUUUGAUUUGACAUAUCCUUCCCUACAAAUUUGGGUUUAUUAUUAUUAUUAUUUAAGUGGCUUACCUACUCCCAGGUAAAUUUACACCCCUCUUUCCUCUUAAGGGCGGGCACAACAUGAAAUUAUGUGGCAGUCAAUAACAAUUCAGAAACGACUGGGAGAUCAGGCUUAAUGUUAAAAAAAUACUCAGACCCAAACCAAAUUAUUUUGUGCUCACAACUUGUCUGUUACUGAUAACUUUGAAAUAAAGGACUUCUCUUUUUUUCUGAGGUAGCUGCUUACAUUCUAAAAUUACAUAGAAAAACUUGAAAAAUUAACACCAGAAUGUUUUUAAAUUGAACGACUGGGAACUUGUAUUGUGUUAGAUCAGAAGAAUGUCUGGUUAGCCAAGUAUGUUAUAUGCAAUCAUGUCUAACACUGCCUUUUUUUAUACAAUUUGUUGUACCCUACAGGUCAAACAGCUUCACAAGUGAAAUUGCCUCUAAACUGCAUUCUGAACAACAGCACAGGUGUACUGUUGAAAUUGUAAUGGGAAAAAUAGAGACACAGAGCUUUUAGAGGUUGUUGCAGGAGGCAUCGUAAGGGAUAACCCACACUUUUGGUGGAAGUUUCUUACAGCUCCCUCAGUUUAAGAGAGAUUUACAUUACUUGAAUUGUCUUCAUCCCAUUAAGUGCACCACUAGAUGGUCUCAUCAACCACAUCAAUCUUUAAUCCCUUUCUGACUGUGAAACUUUACACUUUAGUCUUGCAGUAUAGCAGUGAAUUUCACAAUUUCUUCAAGCUGCAUUUAAAAGAAUCCUUCCUUUAUGGAUUUUAACAUGUUGCCUUUCAAUUUCAUUUACUCACCAUUGGUUCUAUACUUUAGGAACAAUAACUUAAUGAUGCUUACAGAAAUAUAAGGGCUCAGAGCAGCAGUAUUAGCUUUACAGCUUAAUUUGCCUUUCCACUAGAGCUUAGCCCUGGGUAAUUGAGUACUGUAUUGAUUUUUCAAGAUCCCAUUGUUUCAAACAACUAAGCCCAGUGUACCUUCCCCCAGUAGCUAUCCCAGCUGUCUGCUUUUGUACUACAUGUUAGCACAGACAGAGCUAUUCCUCCUUUAAUCAACAUCUAGAUGAGUAUUUCACCUGACAUCCUGCUAUUUUUCCAAAGUACACUUGACACAACCUGGAAAUACCAGGCCUAGCUGAUUAUUCUGGCUGUGUAAAACAAAGUACUUUCUGUCUGCAUGGCGAUAAUUUUCAAAGAGAUUUAAGGGCAGCUUAUGAAGCUUCAUCCAAAGUUUUGUCCUGACACAUCGAAAGUGUAAAACAGAGCCUUAUGUUUCUUAUCUUACCAUGCUAAGAACCCCAAACAAAUAAGAAGUCUGUCAUUAAUAACUCACCUAGCAAAUGCCAUUUGAAAGGCUGUUUUUCUGAAAUCCCAUUAGUUGCCUAUGGUAGGUCACUUUACCCUAGGCCCUGCUUCCUUGUCUCCCCCUGCAAUAAACUGUUUCCCCGUGGAAAUACUGUCUGUUCACUAGAAAUCCUGGGGUUUGUUGACCUGCAAGAAGAGCUCAGUUUACAUUCCUCCCUCCAACAUCCAGAAAACAUUCAGUACCAAAUCAACACCAGUGCAUGUUAGAUAGCUAAACAGAAGUUCUGUAUCUUAGGAUGAGGGUUUCUAAUGAAGAAAUAGCUGAUCAGUUGAACUGAUUUCUCGAACAAGUCCCUGGUAUCUUUUACACAGAAAUCAUUUAGGCAGAGCAGAACAUUUUGUUACUACUGAACUACUUAACAGAGACUUCCCUGUACUUUCAAUUAAAGAAUAUUUUUAAAGGAUGGGAUAAUUAUCCACUAUAAACUUCCCCUUAUAUUCCCAUGGCACUGCUAUUACUGGGUAUAGUUCAAAUCACAGGCAACAAAAUAAAACAUGUAACUGUUAGAUACAUAGAAAAAAAAAAUCUAUAGAAAGCAAAGUACAGCAUAAAAAACUCCCAACUGUUAAUGUAUAUUGCUUAUGUGUCUGUCUCAUACGGACAGUGACAAGAGUUUCAGCUGUAAAGCAUUCAUCCUGAAGAUUAACUAAAAAUUACUGGAGAAACACAGGGAUUUCAGGAACUGGUUUCUCAAAGUCUAUUUGGAGGCACCUCGUCAUCUCCCUCCUCCACAAAUGCCCUGCUUUGGCCCUAAAGCUUAAGUCCAUCACUGCUCUAGCCUUUCCACCUCUACCAUUUAAAUCUGCUGUUCUGCACACAAAAAUACGUGGUCAGUCACAGUCUGUCCAAUGUGGAGGGGAUUCAGUCCUUUGUUUAAAUUUUAGUGCCCAGUGGGAAGACAUGUUAUGUGGCUUUACGAAAUUCAGGUUUGAUAAUGAUUUAGGAGGCCAGUGUCUCUACAGAACAGAGCAGAAUAAGUGCUGUGACUAAUUCAAGCAGCCUGGUUCUGGACCCAUGUAGUAACUGAAUCUGAGUUGCUCUUAAUUCAGUUUCUUGAUGCAAGCCUGCAAAUGGCUAGGCAAGCACUGUUAUCAAGCAGAACUGUCACUGGCUGUUUAGCAUGCUCCACACAGACUAAUGCUGCAGGGAUUCUUUUUCCAUUUUUUUUAACCCAGUUUACCUUGGAAACUUACUCAGUGUUAUUGUAUCAGCCACAGAUGCAAUUAACGGAUUCUGAUAUUAUAUCUCAACUUGAAUAAUAAGAACCCAGGAUAUUGAGGUAAAAAAAAAAGCGCCUCAUCUUAGAAAUAAUGCAUUUCUUGUUCUUUUGUAAUGCUCCCACACACUCUUAAGGUGACUGGGGGAGCAUAUGCAUCCCCCCAGUUUGUACUGUGGCAGGCAAACUGUCCAAGGUAACUUCUAUUGAAAAACAAAAGAAAAAGUGUGAAAGUGUGUUUAUGUAAUUCUCAGUACUCUCAUUUUCAGGCUGUCAUUUCUCAAGGAACAAACCCUCUCCCUCCCUGAAGGGAGUUAGAGCUGUUUGCAAACUCAAUUAGGAUGAAGCAUUUGUAAGUACUCCAGGAAAAGAGCUCUGCUGUAUGGUGCUGAUUCUAAUGCUUUUUUGGAACCCCACCUCUCACUUUAUAAUCCAAUCACAGUCAAAGUCACCAAAAGCUUUGUUAUAAUCUCAGACUACCACACAGCCUCUCUCCCUCCCCACCGAUGGCCCCCUGUGUUAAUUUCAUUUGAAAGCCAAGCUGGCAUUAGUUGAACAGGGAGGCUGUAUGGAAGUGCAAGUCAAGCUCUUGGGGUAAAUCCUUCAUGCUGUAAGCUCAGCUGUAGGAACUGGACACACAAAUAUGUUAGAAACAGUAAUAUAUCCCCCUAGAAGCCAGAGGUGCUUUGACUAUUCUGCUGAGCAGCUGAGUUAUGGUCUCUCAAGGGCAGAGUUGCCUCGAAACCGCAUGAUUAAAAACAUUCCUGCUUUUGGGGGAAGGACAGGAAUUGUGAACUCGGACCUGUGCACAACAGAAGGAAUUAUGGAUUUGCAAAUGCAGACACAAGAGAGUACAUAGACUGAAUUGAUGUGUCAUAUAAUUACUAACUCACUCUCCCUAAACAAAGUAAUUCACCAGCUUGGAAGUACAGCUUGUUGUCAUGGAACUUGCUUGAUAUUUGGUGCUAAUAAAAAUUGAAGUUUUAAAUCUG